CAAAUUUUGUCUGAACUUCAUUCUUGUGGCAACAACUCAAAAAUGGCAAGCGAUCCUAGACAUGGCUUUGCAAACUACAAAUGCUGUUGCAAAAUGUUAAUGUUUAACAUUUUUCAGUAUCAGAUCUAAAGUUGGGCUUCACAUUUUUAUCUGAAACAGCAUACAAUGAGCACCAAAUCAUCAAAUGUCUCUACUGCCCAAUGCACGAUGAACAACAAUAUGGAAGCUUUCACUUAUUUCUAUUACUUAAUCUUUUUGAUUGGCAUCAUCGGGAGUUGCAUAGCACUUUGGGCUUUUAGUAAACAGAGGAAAGCCAAAAAAUGCCUUAAUAUCUACCUAAUUAACCUUCUGACUGCCGAUUUUCUGCUAAGUUUGGCUCUCCCUUUCAAAAUAGCUGUUGACUUGGGUAUUGCUCCCUGGAGCUUGAAGAUCUUCCACUGCCAGGUCACAGCAUGCCUCAUGUAUAUUAAUAUGUAUGCGUCAAUUAUAUUUCUGGGCUUCGUGAGCAUAGAUCGCUAUAUUCAGCUCUCUGGUAGUUCAAGAUUCCAACGGAUACAGGAGCCAGGUUUUGCAAAAAUGAUGUCUGUCAUUAUAUGGAUAAUGGUGCUGCUUCUGAUGGUACCAAACAUGGCAAUCCCCAUCAAAGUCAUCACCCCAAAACCUUUAGUGAAGUGUGCAGAAAUCAAGAAGAUCAUAGGGCUUCGCUGGCAUGUCUUCACCAAUUUCAUCUGUAUUGCGAUAUUUAUGAAUGUUUCAGCUGUACUACUGACCUCAAACUUUCUUUUGGUGAAAAAGCUCCACAAAAAUAAGGACAAAGAGACACAGAACGACGUGAAGCAAACUCUGAGGCACAUUUUGAUUCUGACUGGCAUCUACAUCAUUUGUUUUGUGCCGUACCACAUUAUUCGGACUCCAUACACUCUUAGUCAAUACAAACCAAAGAUGGACUGCAGUCUACAAAGAUCCCUAUUUCUGGCCAAAGAGUCCACCUUUCUUUUGGCUGUUCUCAACCUUUGCUUUGAUCCCAUUCUGUAUUUUUACCUCUGCAAAUCAUUCCGGUCAAAAAUCACAGAAACUUUUGGAUCAACCAAAGAGACCAGGUGCAAGAAAAAACUUGAGGCUGAAAAGAGAGAUGAGGAGAAUAAUUUAACUCAGUACAGCUAAACCAAACGUUCCCUCCUGUAUAUCGCACCAGUUUGCUUCGAAUGCUACAAAGUGCAGAAAUCUUAAAUUAUAAAUUGGAUCCAUGCAGAAAUCAUAAAUUGUGACAAGAGAUAAAGACAAUGUUUCUCAUCGUUAAGAGAGUUUUACUCAUGCAUAUGUAUAUGUA